GAAUUUGAAGGAGCCAUUCCGCCGACAUUAAGCAACAUGUUAAUGCUAGAGUUGUUAAAUCUAUCAAAUAAUAGGCUAAGCGGUAGCAUUCCUAAAGAAGUUUUGACCCUUUCAUCGCUCACAAACUUUCUUGACUUGUCGCAUAAUUUACUGAACGGUUCAUUACCGUUGGAAGUGGGCAACUUGAUAAAUAUCGGGGCGCUUGAUCUCUCAAAUAACAUGCUCUCUGGUGAGACUCCAGACACCAUCGGCAAAUGCACCAUCUUGGAAAUUCUUCAUUUAGAGAAUAACUUAUUUCAAGGGUCCAUUCCUUCCUCCAUAAGCAAUUUAAGAGGGCUUCAGGGCCUUGAUCUCUCAAAAAACCUCUACUCUGGCCCGAUACCCGCAUUCCUUGAUGAGCUCCCGGAUCUACAAUACUUGAAUCUCUCCUUCAACAGUUUCGAGGGUCGAGUGCCGAUGAAAGGGGUUUUUAAGAAUGCGAGUGAAGUCUCGCUUAUCGGAAACCCUAAACUCUGUGGCGGAAUUCCAGAAUUACACUUGCCGAAAUGCACGUCAAAUGCCUUCGCAGCAAAACAUCACUCUGAUUAUAAACUCAAGGUAAUUCUCAUUCCCAUAGGUGGAGCAAUUUUGUGUUUGAUUAUAAUCAUGGGCUUGCUUGGGAUACAUCAGUUGAUAAAAAACUCUCGAAGAAAACCGCUGUCAAGGUUUUCCUUAAGAAACCGACACAAGAAAGUAUCAUACGAUGAGAUUUUCAGGGCUACAAAUGGGUUCUCCUCAGAUAAUAUGAUCGGCACGGGAACUUUUGGGUCGGUUUAUAAAGCCGCCAUGAACUAUGAAAACGCCGGCAUCGUCGCGGUGAAAGUGCUUAACCUUCAACAGCAUGGGGCUUUCAGGAGUUUUAUGUCUGAAUGUGAGGCCCUGAGAAGCAUUCGACAUCGAAAUCUUGUCAAAAUUCUUACAUCGUGCUCUAGUUUGGAUCACCGCGGUAACGAUUUCAUGGCCUUGGUAUUUGAGUACAUGCCUAAUGGAAGCUUAGAAGAGUGGCUACAUCCAAAUGCACGCGAGAAUAGGCCAUUUAGAAGCCUAAGCCUAAUCCAGAGGUUGAGCAUAGCUGUCGACGUAGCCUCGGCAUUAGAGUAUCUUCAUCACGGAGGGUCCGUGCCGAUUGUUCACUGUGAUCUUAAGCCCAGCAACGUCCUUCUGGACAAUGAAAUGACGGCGCACCUGGGCGAUUUCGGGUUAGCAAAGUUUCUGCGACAACCGUCCGACGAAUCAUCAGAGCGUUCAUCUACCAGCACUGUGGGAAUCAAAGGAUCUAUUGGUUAUGUUCCUCCAGAGUAUGGAAUGGGCUGUAAACCAUCUAGGCUUGGUGAUGUGUACAGCUACGGAAUUCUUCUGCUGGAAAUGUUCACUGGAAUGAGCCCCCUCGACGACAAGUUCAAAGAUGGGCUGAGCCUUCGUGGAUAUGUUCGUGCUGCUGUUGCUUCUCCUGAACAUCUCAUGGACAUCAUAGACAGAAACCUGCACUCAGCUGAUCAAGCUUAUCGUGAAGAGCAUGUGCGAGAUUGCUUAGUUUCGGUGUUCGACUGCGGUCUCUCCUGCUCGAAUGAAUCACCACACGGACGAUGCGACAUGACGGAAGUCUUAAAGGUGCUUAGUGCAGCAAGAGAGAGGCUUCUUAGCUAAAAGCAGUUUUGCUCCCUAUGCUACAGUUCUCACUAGAGGCAAAUAAAUGUAUGUUUGAACAUCCUCUGCUUUUCCUUAUUUGCAUUAAAUAAAAGCCUUGUGUAAUGAAAAUGCCUAGACCUUAUGGUUUUGAUCACUCCUUUCUAAAAUGAGUACAUCCAAAUGGAGAUUCGCACUUCAAAUUUUGCAUCUGUAUACAUUAAUAGCUCCAAAUUCCUAAUUUCUGGCUCAAGUUCAUAAUUG